GUUUCGGCCACCACUACGCUCGACCUAUUUUCAGUAGCAGCAAUCUCAAGAAAAAAGGCAAUAUUUUGCGAAAAAGCGACUGAGGAGCCCCGGAAAAAGCAGCUAAUCGAAGUAAGCGACUAUUUCUAUGCAACGCAAAGGGACGACGACGGCGAGAGGAGCAAUCGUAGUGUAAGCAAAUGUGCGCAAAAUGAAAGUGACAAUCAAGUCAUGGACGGGAGUUGCAACUUGGCGUUGGAUAGCGAAUGACGAGAACUGCGGAAUUUGUCGCAUGUCCUUCGAGAGCACCUGCCCGGAGUGCGCGCUGCCCGGUGACGACUGCCCGCUGGUGUGGGGUGUCUGCUCCCAUUGCUUCCACAUGCACUGCAUCGUCAAGUGGCUGAACCUGCAACCGUUGAACAAACAGUGUCCCAUGUGCCGCCAGAGCUGGAAGUUCAACAUACAUUAA